CAGUUUUAUUUAUGUUUUCUUCUUCGUGAACUUCGUUGCUUGUAAAAUCCCAUCAAAUUACAGUACGUAAAACGGAAUCAGGCUGGAGACAACGGAGACAGUCAACGUCAUCAAUAUGACAAGAGGAACCUAUUCUUGGGAAGAUUUGCGGAAGCAAGCCCGACAGCUAGAAAAUGAAAUUGAUGCAAAAUUGGUCAGUUUCAGUAAAUUAGGGUUAGGAUCCACCCCUUUCAACAAUUCUAAAUCCAAUGGAGAAUCAGCUCAUCUGCUUGGAGAAAAUUUUGCCUUUGAAUCAGGGUCAAGUGAAAUUCAACAGCUUCUUAGCAAGCUCACCGAUGUUAACUCCCAAAUGACUGAAGUGUCUGCCUCUCAAGCCCCAAGUGCAGCUUUGCAACACACUCUCCAGCGUCACCGUGACAUUUUGCAGGACUACACCACUGAAUUCCAGAAGACGUCAUCUCACUUGCAGUCCAAAAAGGAAAGGGAAGACUUACUUGGAAGUGUUAGAAGAGACAUAGAUGCCUACAAAAAUGACAGUGGUAGAAAUAGGCGCACUGAUCUUUAUCUGAAGGAAAAUGAGCACCUGAGGAGUUCUGAGAGGAUGGUGGACGAUCAGAUCAAUAUUGCCAUCGAAACCAAAGAACACAUAGCAAAUCAACGUAGCAACUUGAAGCGAAUGCAAGCUCGCGUCAACGACUUGGCUUCCCGUUUUCCUGUAAUCAAUAGCGUAGUUCAGCGCAUCAAUUUCCGCAAGAGGAGAGAUGCCAUCAUCUUAGGAAGCGUGAUUGGUUUUGGUUGCAUUCUAUUGCUCCUCUAUUCUCAGCGUUAAAAAAUAACUUUCAAAACUUCUAUAUUUUAUACUGUGAUGGCUCUUCCCGCUCUUUACUAUUUCCUUAAAGGUUCAUUACAAAGAAUUUUCAGUCAUUA